GUCCAUAUUUAGCCGCGUGUACCACUAGCAGACAAAAGUUCACCUUCUUAACUUACACACUCAAUCGUUAUGUCGGCAGAUUUUUUCUUUUCCGUAUUAUUCGCUUUGUUUGUUGUAUCAAUUUCUGCAAAGCCGAGCCUGGAUGAUGUUGUACACCGUUUAAUUGAAGUAGAGACCAAACUGAAGGAGAGCGAAAAUGAAAUCACUUUUCUUCGACAAACAACAAUACUCCAGAAGAAGAUAAUAGAAAACCAAGAAAUUAGAAUACAGUCCUUGGAAACAGAAGCUGCAAGUCAGAGAGACAUUAUCAACGCAGAUCGAGAAAAGGCUGCUGUUACAAACCGUGAAAUUAAAGGUCUUCGUAAUAAGCUUCGGACUUUGCUGAACAAAGUGAUCCCGUUCGAAACGAGUCUAAAGCAGGAAAAGACAAGUUUGAAAAAUAAAAUACGGUCAUCUGAUCAAAACAAUGUACAGUUACCGAGACAAGCUAUAGGAGGAGGAAUUGCAUUCACGGCAUAUCUGGAUCAUGAUGCAGAUUAUGGAGCAGACCAAACUCUCAAGUAUAACAAAAUAAUCACCAAUGACGGAAAUGGCUACAAUUACACACAUUCCCGAGGUGUGUGUUCAUCUCAUUGGUCGCCCCAGAGGGGCAUGUGUAACAUGUUACUUCGUAAGUCUGAUCAUUGGUGA